CCGUCCCCCCGUCGUGAUCGUAUUCGUUCGUCAACCAUUCCAUAGCUCUACUCUGGGAAAGUUACACUGUCCAGUGUCACUACAGAAAUAAAUACCGUAACCAUCUGACCAUGCAUGGUCUACAGUUCAGAUUUUUUGAAGCAAAAUGUAAACGCGUCUACAUGUAAGUAUGCUUGAUGAGCAACAUAGCCUAGAAGACUGGGUGGCAGUGAAAGAGGCACCAUUUGAAGCCAGUCAGCCACAACAAAACAAUCUCUGUUUCAACAUCAACUGGGAUGAUCACGAAAGGCACCUCAGUAUCACCUGUCAUGAGACCAAACCUCGAAAGGUCAAACGCACUUUGGCCAGGAGCUCCAAGAAAGCACAGUCCACGUCUUCUGGAAACUCGGAGCUUAGUCCUGAAGACCUUAAUAACUGGACAGGCAUCUUCACCUUGCAGGAUAUAACCUAUGCUCACCAGCAGUUGUGUCUCAUUAAACCCGAUCUUGAAAAUCACCCACCAAACUUGCCCUAUGAGCCACGUGGAAUUUGGAGUCUCCUAUUCUCGAUUGAAGUUCCGGAUGACUUCAACCAGCAGUUGGAGCUGUAUUUAAUGACAGCUGCGCAAAUUUGCGGAAACAAGCUUCUGACAGACUAUUUAUUUAGUAGUGAUGUUGUUGAAGAGCAGUAUUUUGAGAAUUUCAGUGAAUUGAGACAGAAAGCUUAUGCUGAUGAUGUAUUGCACCAGGAAGAGAAACUGCAGGAGCUAUUUAAGAGAGGAGAGGAGUUGGACAAGAUGGUUAACAUGAUAGAGCUGUACUCUCAUGUCGACAAUGUGCUUGGUGAACUAGCUGCAGCUCAGGCAGAGCUAUUUAAUGUUAUGCUGCAGCCUUUUUUAGAUAUGAGGGAGUUGUCUUUUAAUAAGCUUUUAGGGUUACAGGAUGAGUUGGAGGAUGAAUUCAUGAGUCAAGGAAAACGGGAAAGAUGCUUAAUAGAUUACAGUGAGUGGCAAGAGCAUUAUGCUGGAUCUAUUGAGGCUAUCAAUGAGAUACGAGUCAAAUAUUUUGCUCAGUGUAUGGAAACCACCAAAGUUGUUAUCAGGCAGUUGGAGAAGGACAAGCAGAAGUUUGGUAAAUCCACUUGGGAGCUGAAUGGAGAAGGACGGUUAAAGGACUUCAAUCAAGUUUUGUCCCAAGAGAGUAUCCAAUUUCUUCACGCGAAACAGGAAAAAUACAAACACAAAAUCGAUAAGAUCAAACAGGAGAUGGCAUUACUGGAGGAGGGACCAAAUUACAUCACAAAUUUUGGAUCCUUGGAUCAGUUGGCCUUUGACCUUCAGGUAAAGUUAUACGACACACAGCUGGCUGUGUUGCAAGAGCAGGACGGCAUCCAUCGACUGGACCUAGCUCAGAUAAAAGAACAACUCAAAGAAGCAGAAGAAGCUACGGUGUUCUUUGAUGCUCUGGAUAGUCUAAUUGGCUUGGACUUUGAAGAAGAUGAUGACACCAGUGUGAAUACAAAGAGGAAUCCGUCAUACAGUGAUCCAAGAAUAGUGGACAUUCAAAGUAAAUUAAGUAAAACCAACAGGAAGAAGGCUGUCAUCCGAAGUAGCAAGCAAUCAUUUGUAGCACAACAUCAAGCAAAAAUCAAAAAGAAGAAAUACGAAGGAGAGCAUUCAAAAUCACAUCACUGGAUUCAAAUGAAGCGUGAUCAGUUAUUUGCUGAGCAGGAGAAGAGAAGAUACUUUAUUGAAUGCGAGAGGAAGAAAACCAUUGACAGAUUACAAAACUACAAACUGACUCACCCUAGCCCAAGGAUUCUGAAACCUCGCCAGUUUAAGAAGUUUGUUAAGAAAGAUAAGACAAGACAACAGGAAGAGGAUGAGAACAAAGAACAUUUGAAGAGAGAUGCAGCUUUAGCAAGGGACAAAGCCAGACGAGCUUAUCAACCACCAAAGCUCAAAAAGCCCAAACACAAAAAUGCAACUGAAUCGCAGUCAUCCAAUCAAACUGAUCCAAUCCAACAAGUCCCUGUACCGCCCCCACCUCCUUCUUGCCCCCCACCUCCUCCUUGCCCCCCACCACCCCCUUGCCCCCCACCACCCCCCUGUCCCCUACUACUCAGUUCUCAAUCACAUUUUCAUUUGCUCACUGCUAAGAGGCAGAGCAACACAUUUUUAAACCAAAAUGAGAAAGUGAAGGAGGAAGGAGGGGGAGGAAUUGAUGUGAGUGACGUAUUGAAGGCAAGAGGGAAGUUACAGAGCCAAUCAAAGUCUGCAAGUAACAACUCUGAGAGAGGAGUUAGUAACGAUCAAAUGCAAGUUACUCUGGCCAAUAUUCGUCAAGGAGUGAAACUACGUAAAGUACAGCGAGACCCUAGUACUAUGUACUCUCUUUACAGCAGUCUUGAAGAUAGCGAGCUAAUGGCAAAGAUAAGAAGCAUCAGACAUCAGACAGAAACACUCGAUGACUCAGACUCUGAAGCUGAAUUUAGCCCUUAACGAUUCUGGGAAGCCCAAGACGUUUUAGACGAUGAACAAACUAUUUGGCAUAGACCAAGUGUAUGGUGUAAACAAUAUACUUGUUUGUUUGCUAAGUGAUGUCAUUUUACCUUAUUUAUGGGAUGUGACAACAUGUGUCACAUUGGGUCAUUCAGUUAAUGUGUAUUGUGUUAGAGUGAAACUGUAUCAAUGAAUAUAACAUACACUCAAUGUUAAUGUACCAGUGGGUUAAAUAUUAAUGAAAAUGUACUGAAUAGGGUUUGUUAACAUCAUGGGCUCUUGGUUGGAACAUGGAGAUUUCUACCUCCAUGGUUGGAACAUUCUUUAUUGGUGGCUGCCUAGAACAUGGGCAGAGCUACAUAUAAAGUGGACAAAGUUGCCCUUUUAUAGUUUGUAUUUGUUUUGGGUUGGCUUUAUCAAAAUCAACUUAAUAUAUACACUACUCUAAUCACAGUAUUCACAAUACUACAGAAGCAUAAUAAUUAUGAUUUAACAUGUAUAUUAUGCGCCUACAGCAGGCCAGCCUCUAAGCGCUUUAAGAAGAAAACUGUAGAUAGAAUAUGUCUGAGCUAUGCUGUCUGAUAGUUAUAUUGGAAGAAACACGAUUAAAGGUAGUGUGAUGGACACUAUUAGUAACUCCUCAAAAUAAUUAUUAGCAUAAAACCUUACUUGGUAACGAGUAAUGGGGAGAGGU